AUGGGUCCGCCGACUACUCCUCCCAGCACACCGUCUUCGCCAAGUUCCGUUGAUACACAAGACGAGCCUGAAAUACCGGUUCGGAAGAUUACACUCGGAAACUGGACACACAAGGGCUCCUCCAAUCCGAUAGGAAGUAUAUCAACAGGUCAUCAAGUUGCACAUCGAAGCGCGCGAAUCAGUAUUGCGUUCCUCUCUAACAACUACAAUAUGUGUGUUGCUAACACUUAUCAAAGGAACGAAGAUCAUCAACAAUUACCCACAAGAGAAACUGUGGUUAAAGGUCCCACGCCAGCAACCAGACCUCAAAAGCCUGUGCACUCUAUCUCUGGGAACUUUCUACCCCACUUUACAGGUAGAACAGAAGAACUUCGCCACAUAAGUACUAUGCUUCAAGAUGGCAGUGGCAGAACUCCAUCGUACUGUGUCAUGUGGGGUAUGGCAGGAGUGGGCAAGACUGCGCUUGUUCACGAAUACCUGGAUAGAGUGCACAAGCACAUCAGUAUUAUAUGGCUCAAGGUAUCUACUGAGGUUGCUCUUGACCAAUCUAUCCUGAGCGCUUUGGAGAAAUGUUAUCCUCAAGAUGGAGACGGACAUCGGCAUUCGGAUGCAAGACAAAGACGAUUGAAGUUGAAAGGUUGGCUAGAAUAUGACUCUCUCCAAGAGAAUCAAGAUUGGAUUCUUGUAUUGGAUGAUGUCCAUGAUAAGACAUGUUCAAUUGUGCAAGAAGACAUUGUCCCUACCAGAGGUUCGACUUGCAAAGUCAUCGCUACUACAAGAUCUAGGUUGAUAGCUGAGGAUAUUCUUCUUCUUGUUUCUCUGGAGACCUAUCGUUGCUGGGAGAUCAAGGUUCUGGAUACAGAAAGUGCCACUAAGAUGUUUACAAGAAUAUGGAAGUUCGAUCGUAGGGAGACGGAAAAGAGCAAAUUACUUAACGAGAUGGAGAAGAGCAAGAUUGCAGAUAUCCUCAACGCCAUUGGCAACCUACCCCUCGCGGUCGAGAUGGCGGCAAAGUACGCCAAGAUCAAUGGCCUGAUUUCGGCCUGGGAAGCAAGGAGCAAAGCGCUCACUUGGAAGAUAGACAUUCCUCAUUACAGAGAUCACCCACGUUAUAAACAGACACCAGUCCUGGAGAAUGCAUUCGACUUCUUCUUUGAGCUAAAACAAAAUCCAAAAGCUGCAGAAGCCGUUCUUGUUGAUGAUCUAUCCUUUUAUAACCCAACCAGCAUCAGUGUAAGAUUGUUUGAAAAGCCAGUUGAAGUCUUGCAAAGUCUCAGACAAACUUCAGUAACCUCAUACCUCCCAUCAUUUUUGCUGUGGCCCAAACCUGAGGUCGAUGAGAAGCACAUUGACCCUGAUACUGGGGUGAUUGACCUGAUAAUAAGGCUUGAGAGGCUGUCAUUUCUGACACAGCAAUCUAAUGGCAGAGAAAAAUCCUUAUCGAUUCACAAGCUGGUACAGGACUUGAGCAGAAAGAAACUUCGAGAGGAACUCAAUUCAACCAAGUAUACUUGGCAACGUCGCAGCAAACGCAUCGGCGCAGAGAUAGAAAGACUUCAUCAUGCAAUAGGACAUUCAGCCAGAGAAUUCGGGCCCAGCAAAGACUCCAUCCAAUACAAAGAGAUGUUGAGCCACAUCGCAUCCAUUCUCAAAUUUAUCGAAGACGUCGAUGAAGACAGCGAUAUAGUUGCCGAGAAAAUCUUUCAGCCGCUUAAACAAAAACUUCUGAAGAUGCAAGAAACAGUUGUACUUUGGUUGUGGGAAUGCGGCCAAUACGAUGAUGCAGCGGCUUCAGCAAGAGAAACCUUCCCGUUAAGCCAAAAGGUUUGGGGCCUCGGUCAUCCGGUAACAUUGAGGAGCCGCAACAUGCGUGACCUUCGCUAUCAAGGAUAUUAUGAGAUCGCCGAAGCCGAGCUCGGAAAUAUUCUGAAACUCAUGGAGAAGUCGCAAAAACAAGCCAAAACGCUCGAAGAUCAGUUGGAUUUCGUGGCUCGUAUUGACAAUUAUGCGGCUCUGCUUCGGGGCCAAGGGAGAUACACGGAAGCUUUCCGUCAGUGUCAAAAGGCACGGGACACACGACAACAAUUGCUUGGAACAAAGGACACCUUGAGAGAUCAUGACAAUUUUGCCCUUGUUUACCAGUGUCUUGGAAUGUACAACGAAGCCAGGAAACAUAGCUUUCAAGCGCUCCAAGAAAGAGAACAAAAUCUUCCAAUCGAGCAUAUUGAUACAUUAGCAUGCCUCCAUCAAUACGCGACAAUACUCCACUGCCAAGGGCUAUAUGAAGAUGCCGAAGGGGAGAUUGAACGGGCACUACAAGGGAGAUUGCGGCUGCUAGGCGACAAACACCCAGACACAUUGGCUAGCUACCAAGCAUACGCGUCUGUGCUCCAUGCUGAGGGAAAAUAUCAAAGUGCGGCCGAUUGUAUGCAGAAGACACUGGAAACAAGACGCAUGGUAUUAGGAGACAACCAUCCUGACACUUUAUCUACCCUAGAUCAUCUUGCCGUGAUACAUUUAUGCCAAGGGAAACAUGGUGUUGCCAAGAAAGAGGCUGAAAGUGUAUAUGAACGACGACGACAAGCACUGGGAGAGGACCAUCCAGAUACACUUACUAGCAUGAGAAAUUUGGCGUCAGUCUAUCGAUACCAAGGAUGCUACGUGGAAGCAGAGAGGCUGUACACGGAAGUACGUAGGAGGAAGCACAAGACAUUAAAAAACACCGAAUUGGAACAUACCACACAUCCCGAAUCCAUCAAUUGUCUAAGUGACAAGGCCUGGAUCGACUUUAUGCACGGAAGAUAUGCACUUGCAGAGCGUGAAUACGAGGAUGCAAUGCAGAGGCAAGAAAUGAGCCUCGGAAGUAAGCAUCCACACACACUAGCGACUCUCAGCAAUCUCUCCUCGGCAUCUUCGAGACUUGGCAAGUACAAAGAGGCGAAAGCCGCUAUUGGCUCAGCUUUGUUGGCGCAAAGAGACGUUCUUGAGGCCAAUCAUCUCGACAUCUUGUCAAAUCUUCACAACUAUUCUGUAGUACUACGACUCCAAGGACUGUACGAAGAAGCUGAAUGCUUGGGCAAAAAUACCUUAGUCGCUAGGCAACAAAUACUGGGAAAUCAGCAUCCCGAUGUCCUAUCCAGUCUUGAUAACUACGCAUCUGCCCUCCAUUGUCUUGGUCACUACCCGGAAGCUGAAAUUUUUUGCAAGCAAGCACUUCAUGAGAGGCAGACGAUGUUCGGCGAUGAUUAUCCAGAUACGCUGUGCAGCAUUGACACUUAUUCGUUAAUCCUCCAAAGCCAGCACAAAGAUAAAGAAGCAGCAAUUCAGAUCAGAAUCGCGUCGAAUUAUCGACGAGAGAGACUGGCGGAUAAUCACCCCGAUCGGCUUUUGAGUCGGUAUAACUACGUUUGGGUCCUUCAGUUAGAGGGACAGCACGCCAGCGCUCAAAUCGUCAGUAAAGAUGUAUUGGGAAAACGACGAAAAGCAAUGAUUCCUCCAGAUAUACUGUCUAGCGCCGAGCAGACGGGACGCAUUCUACUUCAAGCAGGAGAACUUGAGCAGGCCGAGGAGUUAUUGAGAGAAGCUUUUGAAGGCCGGAAAGAAUUGCUGGGCAAAGAGCACUCGGAUACCUUAACCAGUCUUGCAUACUACUGUCUUGCACUCGUUCAACUCAGAGGCUCGACUGAAGCCCAGAAUUUCCUCAACUCGGAACUCGCAACGGAAAAAGUUCUAGAUCUAGGCCAAACGCGAAUUGAUUCGUUGAGCGAUAUGAAGCAUAUAGCUCGAGCGUUAUCAACUCAUUUGAAAGGAACUCUUAAGCAGAUAAUGUUACCAUGGCAAGAAGCAGGGGAAUAUUCACAUACUGAUCAGAGGUAUAUAAUAGCUACUAAGAAGCUGCUAAGGUUAGGCAAGGCGUUAGAAGCUGAGAGAAAGCUUCAGUUUGUUUAUACACAUCCAGAUAAGCCCUCGCUUUUGGCUCUCGCUCUAUUGUUACAGGGAAAAGUAUAUAAGGAAUAUAGUCUUCUUAAGUUAGAGGACCUUUCUAAGAUAUCUAUAAGUAGAGACAUCGAUGCUAAUAUUAGUAGUUAA